AUAAGCGCGGGGUGCGCCUUUCGCACUGUUGAAAAAAACUGGCCACCAGCGGAGGAAGACGAGUUUUGGCGAUGCUGUUUGUGCCAGGGGGUUCUUUUUUGGAGUACCACCACUAGUACACUUCACACGGUAUUUCCAGCCGCCUCCACUUCCAUUCAAUCCCAGCGCGGACGUGUGUUACGGCGAUUUGGUGGGCUCUAAAUAGAAGUGGCGUCCGUUUAUUUUAAAAACACUGCAUAAAGGAGCACCCAGCUGCGGAGCGGUGAGUGUACAGAUGGGGUAGCGCUGGUACCGAGCUACCUUAUUAGGCCGCAAGAACCUGUCUGCCGCACUAACUGUGCGGGACUGUUUGUGGCGGUCUCUAAAUAUGCUGAGCUGCACUUCCUUUCUGUACAAAGCGGAUUAUGUUUUGCACCUAGGGCUUUGAAGUACUCAACCCUGAAGGCAAUAUAACAAUCUAUGGGAAAUUUGGUCUGUAUGUGGAGUUAGGGUUUGGUGGUGUGACUGGUUCAAAACAGGCCAUUUGUGUUAUGGAUAUGUUUUGUACCCACUGUGGCUUUGUGCCAGCAGCUUACUAGAGGAGUGUUGCCUAAUCAUUGCUGCCUGCAUUUGCCUGCUCAACCUUUGCAGUAAGCGUUAAUGAUGUCAUAGUUCUUGCAUCAACCCCAAUGGUCAACAUUUGAUCCAGUCUAGACUGUUUUCCGCCCCCAAUUGCUGUCUAGAGUAAAAGUAUUCCUCUGUGUGUACGGUAUUGAACCUGAUGUGUCCCUACAGAGAAGGCAGUAUACUAGACCGAGGAGGCAGUAUACUAGUAAUAGGAGGCAGUAUACUAGAAACAGGAGGCAGUAUACUAGACAGAGGAGGCAGUAUACUAGACAAAGCCAUGGCAGAGGGAGGAGAGGGCUGCCACCAUUUCUCACCACUGGAGGAGGAGCUCAUCAGAGAGGUGGAGGAGGAGGAGGCCAGUGCCGAGGCUCAGAUACAGAGAGAGAAAGAAAUGGCCUCGCAGAAACUGUGGUGUGCCUUCCAAGACUCUGCCACCGCAGUCGCACACCUCUUCAGAGAUUGCCAGCAGCAAGCUGGACUUGCAGCCUGGGUCCCUUUCCAAGAUAGUGCCAGUGCAGUCACUCAGUUGUAUAAAGGUUCUCUGGAGGUGUGUCGACAGUGCGUGGAGUGUGGAGUGAAACACGGGCAGCGGAAGAGGACAAGGGACAUUGUGACGUGGCUCAAGAAAAAGAGAAGAGUCAUUCGCAGAGACGAGCUCCUCGCCUUUCUGCUGGACAAGCCUUACACACCCGACUCAACCCACUCACAACAUCUCUACUUCGGCAGUGAACAAUCGAGCGAUGGCCCACCCCACCACCAUUUCUCCCCUCCUCCCCCUUCUCCCUUCCCCUCUCACUCAUCAUCAUCAUCCCACCUCCAUCACCCUAGACCCCUCCCCUGUAUCGAUGGUUGCAACUUCCCACCCUCCGUACCAAUGGCGUCCCUACCAAUCCCUGUGACCUCUAGCCCCUGCUUUACUGGACAUCCCCCCGCACCUCGAGCCAGGUGGACUCUAUUAGGAAGAGACGAACAGGGGCUGCAAAACGACGGGGAAGUUUACAGCGGGAGAGAAGGAGGAGUAGGAGGAGGGGUUAGCGGUCGGAAGAGGCUCAGUUCAAGCUCUGCUGCUGGGAACUUCGAAUUUUCGCAAGAUUCGCCGCCCCUGGCAAAACGAAUGAAAAUUUGAGUUUCUCUUGCGCUUGUAUGCUUUUACUAGUAGUGUUAAAAGUUGUGGAAUACUGUGUUUUGUAUCACUGUAAUAAUCUUAUUCACACCAUGUUGCCUUACGCCUCUUGUAAACUCGAUGAAUAGCGACCCAAUGCGCUGGGUGGGGUGGACGAUUUCAUAGCGCCAUAAUUAGAUACAUUCCAUUGUGAAAAGUGGGAUGGGCUGGGCAGCUUUGGAAGAAAAGC